AUGGAAUACGGUUUAAGACGACGUCGAAGGAGUUUUACUAAAUUUUUAUUGCAAAAACCUGUAGAUGAAAUUAAACUACUGAAUGAUGAUUGUUCACAAACUAAAACUAAUUCUGAUAUACCUACAACCCAACAGAGUUCGGACAUACAAUUAAAUAACAAUUUAAACUGUUCACAAUCCACUUCUUAUGAAAUACCAGAUAAAGCUUUGCCGCGGGUAGAAGUUGAUUUAUUUUCUGAUUCUGAUAAAGAUUCUAUUAAUUCAGAUAAAUUUAAUUAUGAAGAAAUUAACAUUACUUCGGAAAAUGACGAAUUGGAAACAAAUAGUGUUGAACAUUCAGAUGACCCAAGUGACUGGCCACUAAAAUUAACCGACUCAAUUCGAAUAUCACUUAUAAAAAAAGGGCCUGUGAAAUUUUCUGAUGCUUAUUAUCAACGAAUUUUGAAUAAUGGAGAAAAAAUAGAAAGAUCCUGUUUUAAAAAAGAUUCAGGUAUGGUCUCUGAAUGUGGAUAUAACGAUUGGCGUAAUUUAACAGGCCAUUUAAAAAUUCACGAAACCUCAAAAACACACAUUCUUCAUUUUUCAACUUGGCACGAAAUGGUUAUAAAAUUAAAAUUAAAUCAAACUAUUGAUUCUCAUAAUCAACGUAAAAUAGAAUCUGAAAUAAAACAUUGGAGGUCCUCAAAUUCAAAAUGA